CUCAUUUACGAGCGACUAAUUACCAAAUAGUGAAGUACCCACAUUAUAUUUUUUUUCUUCGUCGUAUAACUUAUCGAUAAUUUUUUCCCUUUAAUUUAAUAAUGGCCCAACUAGAUAUUUUAAUUCGAAAACGUAGUGGCAUGAAAGCCAAGCUUACCAAUUUUUCUAAUUAUAUUAACUCAAUUAGCGCUUCUGGCAUAAUUUCCGAACUUCAACAUGAAUUGCAAUGUCGACUAAAUAAAUACGAGGCCUUAUACGAUCAAUUCGAUGAAUUACAGGUGGAGAUUGAGGUGUGUUCCGACAAGCCAGAGGACGAAUAUGAGGAACGUUCAAAAUUCGAAGAGCGUUAUUACGCGCUGAUGGCGCAAGCGCGCAGUCUGUUGUGCCGUGAAGGUGCAACGGAUGAUGGCCGCUCUGUUGCAGGCUCGAUAUGCAAACAAGCAGCUAUGGUGAAAGUGAUUGACGACAACGGCAACAGCAUGGACGCACAGCUUCUACUCGAUAACGGCAGUACGGCUAACUUUAUAACGCAGUCGCUUUGCAGUAAGCUAAAAUUACCUACACGUUCCGUAAGUUCUGAAAUUAAUGGCAUUAAUAAUCAAUCAUUAACUAAUUACCUUAACGAUCAACAGUCGCAGUGA